CAGAGUUGUAAAAACUCCCUGGCAGUAGGGAGUUGGUUAGCAUACAGAGAAAAGCAAAAUACCUAAAAAUAGAAACUGCAUAAAACCAUAAUCUGCGCAGACUGGAAUACUUUUUUUUAAAUUGUGACAAUAAAUGAUAUAUGAAGAAAUUAUUUGGCUAGCUAUAUCCUACAUACGACACUUUUUGCACUAGCUAACAAACGUUACUUCAACAAUCUGCUGUGAAUUUUGUAUUUUUACCUUAAAGAAUAAGAACAGUUGCUUGUGGAGGAAGAGAAUUCCUUUUCGGCCAGCUGCUGUUUUCGUAUCGUCUUUUUCUCUGCCUGGUGCAAACUGAACACUGCUGCCUUGGAGGUUUUUGCAACACUCAAAAGAGGCUCAAGACAACACUCGCAGCCGUGCAGCAGCUAUGCAGCUUGAAAUCCAAGUAGCUCUCAACUUUAUUAUUUCUUAUUUGUACAACAAGCUCCCCCGGCGACGUGUGAAUAUCUUUGGUGAGGAGCUCGAGCGGCAGCUGAAGAAGAAGUACGAGGGACACUGGUACCCGGACAAGCCGUACAAAGGCUCUGGAUUUAGAUGCAUACACGUUGGAGAGAAAGUGGACCCAGUUGUGGAACAAGCAGCCAAAGAGAGUGGGUUGGACAUCGAAGAUGUCCGCAACAACUUGCCUCAGGAUCUAAGCGUGUGGAUUGAUCCUUUCGAGGUAUCUUACCAGAUUGGUGAAAAGGGACCUGUUAAGGUGCUCUAUGUGGAUGAUAAUAAUGAGAAUGGAUCCGAAUUGGACAAGGAGAUCAAAAACAGCUUUAAUCCUGAGGCUCAGGUGUUCAUGCCAAUCAGUGACCCAGUGGGGGCUUCUCCUGAGUCCAGCUCGCCGUCGCCUCCCUUUGGCCAGUCUGCCGCCGUGAGCCCUUCAUUCAUGCCGCGCUCCACUCAGCCUCUGACCUUCACCACUGCCACUUUUGCUGCCACCAAGUUCGGCUCGACCAAAAUGAAGAAUAGCGGCCGCAACGGCGGCAAGGUCGCGCGCACAUCGCCCACUAACAUAGGCCUGAGCGUGAACAACCUCCUGAAGCAGAAAGCCAUCUCCACAUCAAUGCAUUCUCUGUACGGCCUCGGCCUUGGCGGCCAGCAGCAGAAGCCUUCGGCCCUGUCCCCUAAUGCAAAGGAGUUUGUGUUUCCAAACAUCCCCGGGCAGGGCAACAGCAGUGCAAUGUUUCCAGGUGACAACUCCCUCAGUCUCAGCCCCCUCCAGUACAACAAUGCCUUCGACGUGUUUGCGGCCUAUGGUGGUCUCAACGAGAAGUCCCUCAUGGAUGGCUUAAACUUUAGCCUGAGCAACAUGCAGUAUUCUAACCAGCAAUUUCAGCCAGUAAUGGCAAACUAAUAUGUGACGAUGCAUAUGUAAACAGCAAUGAUGGGGUGGAUUAAUAAUACAUAAUAAUAAAUUAAUAUAUAAAAAGAAACAUCAGAUUAGCUCCCAUAUAGUUAUUGAAGUCAAAGCGCAUGCACCCAAGGGGUCUCCCUUUAUUAUCAUUUUUUCCCCCUUUAGUUUUCCCCAAAAACUUGUCAUACAAGCUUGGUUACAUAAAUUCAACAUACAUCGUUCUCCUUUCCUUUUUGCCAACCAAGCACAAUUUUUUUACUUUAAAGAAAAACAAAUCUAUAUAUAUAAAUAUGUAUACUCUCAAAGCGUGGGGAAACUCAAGUUAUGGCCUCUUACAGUAUUUAAGUUGGUAAGACCUAGCUAUUUUUUUUUUUUUUUAAUUGGCAUUAAUAAAUGGGGUUACUUGGUCUUUUUUCUAAUUGUAUAAUUUAAUUUAGUACAGAGUUUGUAAAAUAUCAGAGUAUAUAUUGUUUCUACGACAUGGUAUUGCAUUUAUAUCUUUUUACUACUCCAGUGAUCUGUGAUGGCUGCAGCAGCUUUACGUUAUUUCUUUUUUUAACGGAAAUUGUAAAACGAAUAAAUCCAUCUAAAAACAACUAUUCUAAAGAUUGUGUACAGAAUAUUCCUGUUGUGGUGGAAUUACAGUGUAGGAAUACUUGCUUUUUUUUGAAAGAGUUGUAUUUUCUGUUAAGAGUUUAAAGAUUUUUGCUAUAUUAUGGACAAAAUGUAAUCGUAUAUUAAUUUUGUACCUACAUUGUGCAAUACUUGAUGAAAAAAAACUGUAUAACAAAGUAUUUUGAGUCAGCGUCUUACAUGUCAGGAGGGACUGAAAUAGUUUAUAUUGUUAAGUUUGUAUUAAAAUGCUACAAAAAUGA